UUUGCAAUUUUCUAAAUGAUUAAUAUUCAUUGUGGAAUGAAAAAAUAGUUUUGGCGAAGGGAUGAGAUGCUUGGAAAUGCCGAGAUCAUGAUUGCUAACUAUUUAAAUGAACUCUCCUUCACCUUUACCGCAUAUAUUAUAUUCCCAAUCUUAUUACAGGUACAAAGGUGUACGACAAGCUUCGAGAGGAAUGGCUGAGGACCAGACUGGUGAACGGCAUUGGGAUGAUGUCCCCACAUGCCCAAACCAGCAAGGUUGAAUCAUUCCACAACAUCCUCCUUCACUUUUGCCCCAAGUUGCUUGUAUACUCAUAUCAAGGGAUGAAGUGCAGAUUAUAUUUGGCUGUCCUACAUUGGAACGAAAAUUGUGAUAGAGCCCAGGCUGUUGAUGCCGAAGGGAACCCAGUGUACAGGUUGAAGUAUCCACGCUCGAAGGAAGGAGGCCACACAGUGGAGAGAGUGCUGACAGCUGGCACAUGUGGUUAUGUGAAAGCCCUGAUGAGAGUUGUCGUAGAACUGGUGGAAAACAGGGAGCAGCUCAGAGACAACAUGGAGGAGCUACAGCCUCAACCAGCACGGAGUGCCUCUCAUCAUCACCCCGACAAUGGAGAAGCCGUGCAAGCUUUUGAACAACAUCAUCGCUUUGGCGAUAGAAACUAGUUCUUUUGGUGAUA